AUGCAAGCCAUUCCGUUUAGAGUAUUUAAAUAUCAAUCUACAUUACCUGCCCUGUGGGCGCGGUCGCAGCGCGAGGUGGGUAAUAAGGAAGCUGAAGCGGCGCUGAAUCAGUACCGUCCGUCUCCGCGCUCCUGCCGAGCGACACCUGCCGCUGUAUUGAAGUAUUCGACACACGUAUUGGCACAGGGCGGCCGUGUUUGCCGUGUGCAGGAAAAUUUCUCUCGGAGUCGCACUAUCAGCGCCCCCGCGCCGUCGCGUCCCUCGCCGCGCGCCUUAUAUACUCGCCGCGCUCCCGGACCUGGCACACUGUCCCGUGCUCUACAGUUUACAACAUCUCCUUGCACUACCAAUUUUAAAAUGGCCAAAUUCGCCGUCCUGUUCUUCGCUUGCUUGGCCUUGGCGUCAGCAAGAUUAGUUCGUCGCGAAGCACCCGCAUCCUCACCCUUGCAAGAGCUGGAGAAGCAUGCGAUCGAGUUCCAGAAGACAAUGACUGAGCAGUUCAAUGCGCUCAGCAACUCCAAGAGCUCGCAGGAUCUCAGCAAAGCCUUUAAGGAAGGUUCAGACUCCUUGCUGCAGCAGCUCUCCAGUCUGUCUACCACUUUGCAGAACGCGAUGAGCGACGCCAACGGCAAGGCCAAGGAGGCGCUGGAGCAGGCGCACACCAAGCUGCAGCAGACCGCUGAGGACCUGCGCAAGUCGCACCCCGAGGUGGAGCAGCAGGUCACUCAGAUGCGCGAGAAGCUGCAAACCGCUGUCACGAGCGCCGUUGACCAAACUCAGAAAUUGGCUAAGGAAGUAGCGGCCAACAUUGAGGAGACCAACCAGAAGCUGGCGCCACAGAUCAAGCAGGCGUACGACGACUUCGUGAAGCAGGCCGAGCAGAUGCAGAAGAAGUUGCACGAGGCUGCCAACAAACAA